GACGAUCAAAUCGGGGCGCUUUUAUCUCACACUUGUCGUCCUCUGAGCUGUCCUUCACUCUCUCCGUCUCGCUCACUCAAUCGAAGAAACUGCCACGCAGAUGAAAACACUUCUUCCUUAACCCCGCGCUGAUAUGCGGCGUCGCGCUCUCUAACGACUCUCGACUCUCGUCUCUCGUCUCUCGUCUCUCGUCGUGGUGUUAGGGUUAUGGUUUCCUUAUAGCCUCUCGAUAUCUGUAAUACUUCGACGUCAAACCCUUAAUUUUUCUCCAGAUUCACCAAUGUACGGUCACUCUCAGUCUCCGCCGAUGAGCAUCCACCGCCAGAUCUCCGCCGAUGAAGAUGACGGCUCCGGUGCUCCAGAUUCCAUCGAAAACCACCACAUUCGGUACGAUACCCACCCCCUCGACGGCUCUACGGAUGGGGACGUUCCUCUAGAGGGCGUUACUCCCGAGUCUGUCUAUGUUUCCGACGGCGGCGCCGGUUCUGAGUUGGCAAUCCACCGCAACGAUGAUACCAGUCAACUCACGUUAUCCUUCCGAGGGCAGGUUUAUGUGUUUGAUGCUGUUACUGCUGAAAAGGUUCAAGCUGUAUUGUUGCUGUUAGGAGGAUGUGAGUUGUCUUCAGGUCCACACGGCGCGGAUGGGACAUCUCAGAACCAACGGGCUGCAAUAGACUUUCCAGCACGGUGUAGUCAACCACAGAGAGCAGCAUCACUCAAUAGGUUCCGCCAGAAGAGAAAAGAGAGAUGCUUUGAUAAGAAAGUUAGAUAUGGUGUUCGUCAAGAAGUUGCACUCAGGAUGCAGCGUAAUAAGGGUCAAUUUACUUCUUCCAAGAAGUCAGAUGGAGCUUCAAGCUGGGGCUCUGCUCAAGAUUCUGGACAAGAUGAUAACCCACAAGAAACAUUCUGUACGCAUUGUGGCAUCAGUUCGAAGUCAACUCCAAUGAUGCGGCGUGGGCCAUCUGGUCCAAGGUCCCUUUGCAAUGCAUGUGGCCUUUUUUGGGCAAAUAGGGGGACUUUGAGGGAUAUUUCGAAGAAGGCUCAAGAUCAUUCUUCGACUCCAAUUGUUCAGGGUGGCGGGGUAGGAAAUGACUCCACAUCUGAAACUGCCAUCCAUACACAUAACAACCUUGUAACUUUCCCUGGUGGCGAAACCUCUGCUUUAAUGGCAGAGCAUUGAGUAUCGAGAAGUUAUAGUAGAAUGUGCUCUUAAGAUAUACUGUAACAGCCAGCAGUUGCAGUAUAUUACUAGCAAGCGAGAGGAUGAGGCAAAUGAGCUAGCUACGUGGAGGGGAGGCUGAUCUUCAUGGUGAGAGUGAGAACGACCGACCCAAAGUGAGGAUAUCGAUGACUUCUUUGGUCAAGCUGCAUAAUCUGGUGGGAAACGAAGAAUCUACCUAAGAACACUCAAAAGUCACUGGAUGACAAAGACUUCUCAUGACCUCCCGGCGCUUAGUUUCCUUAUUGAAUUUGCGGUUAUCUUUGACACGACGGAUAGAACUACAUCAAUCAUAACAACAAUGAUAGAGAUCCCAGUGAUAAAUAUCUCAAAAGCAUUCCAGCAAUGUGUGUGACUCAUUAAUUGGGUA